UAAUCAUCCUAUCUCUAUCUCUCUCCUGUGCAGAUAGACUUUACUCCCACUACUCCAUUGGAGAUGCUCUAAAUAAUCGGUUGUCCUUCUCCUCCUCCUCCAGAGAUCAGAGUCCAGACCUCGAGGGCUCCAGAUUCUCCACCGCGAUUCCAGACCUCCACUUUCCUGCCGUCUCCCGUCCGACAGAUUGUCACGCAGCCACGCUCCAGACGGCCAGACCAACAGACCUCCAGUGCUCUACGCGACCACGCCUCCACCGCUCCACGUUACCGGCGCUUCUCACUCAGCCACACACUCGCCAGUCGCCACUCCUACAGGCUAGGCGGCUCCGCUGUGCAGUUUCAAACGCUCAAACACAAGGCUUAGAUCCACCACUGGAUGAGUUUGACGGCGGAAUCUCCUGCACACUCUUCUAGCAGUGAUGAUUUUGCAGCCUUCUUAGAUGCAGAGUUAGACUCAGAUGAUCUGGAAGAAGAGGAAGCAGAUCAAGAGGAGAGAGAUGAUGGCAAACAAGAUGAAAACAAUGACCUGGGAGAAGAUGGUGACUGUAACGACAUUUCAGAUGCUAAUAGAGUAAAGAGGCGCAAGUUGGAAAACUGCAAAGGCACAGGGGAUAAAGAGUGCUCAAAAUCUUGUGAAGAAUCUGGAGGCACUCUGGGUGUUUCAGUUAAGAUAGAUUUAUGUAUACAUCCUGGUGUGAUAGGUGGAAUGUGUAUACGGUGUGGGCAGUUAAUGGACAAUGAAUCUGGUGUUUCAUUUGGUUACAUCCAUAAGAAUUUAAGGCUCACUUCUGAUGAGGUUGCCAGACUCCGUGAAAAAGACUUGAAGAACCUGCUUCAGCAUAAAAAACUUUAUUUGGUUCUUGAUUUGGAUCACACACUACUAAAUUCAACUAGGCUCUCAGAUAUUUCGCCUGAAGAAGAGUACCUAAAAGAUGCCCCUCCCGAUGCUCUGCAAAGCAGUCUUUUCAGGUUAGACAUGAUUCACAUGAUGACAAAGUUGAGGCCAUAUGUGCACAAGUUUCUGAAAGAAGCCAGUGAUUUAUUCGAAAUGUACAUUUAUACAAUGGGUGAACGUCCUUAUGCACUUGAAAUGGCAAAGUUGCUGGAUCCUAGAGGUGUGUACUUCCAGUCAAAAGUUAUAGCACAGGGAGAUUCAACUCAGAGACAUCAAAAGGGACUAGAUAUUGUUUUAGGGCAAGAAAAUUCUGUCCUGAUCCUUGAUGAUACUGAGGCGGUAUGGGGAAAGCACAGGGAAAAUUUAAUAGUUGUGGAAAGAUAUCAUUUUUUUGCUUCAAGCUGCAAGCAAUUUGGCUUCAAUUGUGAAUCGCAUUCACAACGUAAGGUUGAUGAAAGUGAAGAGGAAGGAGCACUUGUCACCAUUCUUAAAAUUCUUAAACAAAUCCACACAAUUUUCUUUGACCAGGACCAAGGAGACAAUAUGCGCAAGGGUGAUGUUAGAGAGGUGCUAAAAGAAGUCCGAAAAGAAGUAUUGAAAGGUUGCAAAGUCGUUUUCAGUCGGGUUUUUCCAAAUAACAUCCAGGCAGAAAAGCAUCAACUAUGGAGAAUGGCUGAGCAGCUUGGAGCUACAUGUGCAACAAAAGUCGACGAAUCUGUGACACAUGUGGUCUCAACGGAUGCUGGGACUGACAAGUCGCGCUGGGCAAAGCAACAUAAGAAAUUUCUAGUCCACCCGAAGUGGAUUGAAGCCGCCAACUAUCGAUGGGAAAAGAAACCCGAGAAGGAUUUCCAGUUAGGCAUGCCCCAUAUUUCACAGAGUUGACCUCAUCAACUUUGGGGUGAUGUAUAUUUUGAGCUACAUACUAAUGGAUAUGUUUUGAUAGAUAGUACUGGAAAAUAUAAAUUGUUUUGAGCAGGUUUUUGCAUGGGUUUAGCACAACUUAACAGUGUGUGACUUCCAUGGGUGUUGAGGUAGAGAUAGCAGGGAAGGUUAGUUGCAUCAAAGAUUGUAAGAAUGUUAUUAUUUUGUCAGAAGAGCAAGCGUAAUUCCAUUCUGGGAUUUCUGUCAAAGCUUGGUGUAUUGAUAGAACUAUCUAGGUAUUGAGAAGAUUUACAGAAAACUAUCAAAGAAAUAUCAAGAACAAGAACUGGAAACUUU